UUGUUGGCAAACACUUGAAAAUUAACAUUGGCAGAUACUAUUUCUAAGAGAUGAGUGAUAUAACAUUUAUAAAUAUAGUAACAUACUUGCCUUAAUUUGACAAAUUCUAGUCUUCUCUUUUUCAAACCUAACUUGCUAAACCACAUGCAAUUAAGUUAGUUAUAAUAAUAAUAGUAUUCUUACAACUAUGAGAAUCCUAUUUUCUAUAUUAAAUAUACAUAUAUGUGUGUAUCAAAGAGUUAAGUUGUUUAUAAUUUGCUCUGUCCAUUAAUUCUCUCUGUAUAACCAAGAACACUUUUACAAAUAUGAUGCCAUUAAAGAAUGAUGGGUUGUUAUUAGAGAUAAUUAAGAAUUGCUUAGUAAUUUUUGUGCAUUUAAAUUUGAUUUUUUAUCAUGGUGAGAGCUCAUAUUCAAGCGCAGGCAAUACAUACCAUGAACAAAUAAGACGUUUGUCAUUGAUCAAAGCUUCCCAUCUGAACCACAAUGGAGUCCCUCGUCAGUUUCCGAGCUUCUCAAUUACACCUUCGGUUCUUAUGGCAUCACGUGUGUAUCACGUGGUGGAUUACGGAGCAGACCCAACAGGGACAUCGGACAGCACAGAAGCUCUUGAGCGAGCUAUUCAUGAUGCUUUCGAGUCUCCAUUGGAUGAUGAUGAGCAUUUGAUGAAGGGAGUUGGUGAUCUUGGUGGCUCACAGGUUCAUCUUGAUGGUGGCACUUACAAGAUCACCCGUCCAUUGCUUCUACCUACUUCUGGUGGUGGUAAUCUUAUGAUUCAUGGUGGAUCUAUUUGUGCCUCAAAUGGUUUCCCAACAGACCGACAUUUAAUCGAGCUAUGGCCAUCUUCAACUUCUUCACCGUUUGAGGACAUCACAAUCAAAGACAUGAUGCUCAAUGCCAACUUCAGAGGUGGUGGAAUCUCAUUGGUUAAUUCAAUUAGAAUUACCAUAGAAAAUUGCUACAUUUCACAUUUCACCACCAAUGGUAUCCUCAUACAAGGAGGCCACGAAACUUACAUAAGAAAUUCCUUCAUUGGCCAACACAUCAACGUCGGAGGCGACCACCGUGAAAAAGAUUUUUCGGGCAUCGGAAUCAACAUUAUAGGAAAUGAUAAUUCAGUCACAGACGUUGUGAUUUUUUCAGCCUCAAUUGGGAUCAUGGUUGAAGGCCAAGCCAAUGUAUUCACAGGGGUACAUUGUUAUAAUAAGGCUACUAUGUUAGGUGGCACGGGUAUUUAUGUUCGGGUUCCCGGGUUUACCCAAACCCGAAUUAUAAAUUGUUACUUUGACUUUACUGGGAUCGUAGCAGAAGACCCGGUUCAACUUCACAUCAGCAAUUCAUUUUUUCUUGGUAACGCUUUCAUUUUAAUUAAGUCCUUAAACGGCGUCGUAUCUGGAGUUACCAUUGUGAAUAAUAUGUUCUCGGGGGACUAUACUGGGGUCCACAUAGUCCAAUUGGAUGAAUCUAAGAAGGAGUUUCAUGAUGUUGAUCAAGUUGUGGUGGACCGAAAUGAUGUUCGUGGAAUGACCCUUAAAUCGACGGUUGCUAGGAGGACAACGUGGAGUAAUGGAACCACGUGGACCGUUGAUUUCUCUAAAGUCUUGCUCUUUCCUAACCUUAUUAAAAAUGUUCAAUACACGUUACAUGCAGGGGCGUUGUUUCCUAAUCAUGUGUUGAGGAAUGUAUCAAGGAAUCAAAUCACGGUCGAAUCAGACAUUCCAGUGUCUGCCACGUUGCACGCAUAUGUGGAUCAAUAUUGAGUAUAUUAUUUACAUAAAUAUAGAAUCUUUUUUUUGUAAAAACGUACAUAGAAAGUUAUUGUGAUGAGUUUAUUAAU